GAAUAAGUUGACUGGUCGGUUCGAAAAAGGACUCGCUUCUGUCGCCUGAAAACAAUAACAAACCCACGUGAGGAGGAACCGGGAGUGUGAGGUCUAAGCGCGAAUUGUCAUUAUUGUUAUUUAUUUGUACGUGUUAUUAUCGGUGUCUGUAAGGCAAGGAUGAGGAUGCCGCAGGAGGAGGAACAGGAAGAGGGAAAGACUGAAGCAAAACAGGAAUUGUCAGGCAUAGUUCCAGAUGUUUCCGAAUUUGCACCUGUUGAGAAUCCAGGGCCGCUCUCCCUGGAGAACUUAGGACCUGACAAGGAGCUGUUUAUUGUCAGAAUGCCUCAUGGGAUGGUACAACCACCAAAACUAGCCAACGUGAACCUUACCCUUGAUAUAAAAAAGAAACGAUCCAUUCAGAUUGACAAUCAUUUGCUGAGUGUGUCUGCCUAUGAAUCAUCCACAGUGGGAUCAACACCAAGCCUUUUCCUUCCAGAUGAUGAUGGGGAGCUUCAUCAAGUUAAGUUGAACAUUACUGGGCAAAUAAUCCUGAAACAUGAGCCACUAAGUUCCAGUGACAAAACAACAAUAGAUAUAAACAAUUUGAGGGCAGUACGGCAUCAACCACCUUCAGAUAUACGAGAGAGAAAUUUCUUGAGCAGGUCAAAAACUGAGAAAAGAACUCUAGUACAAGCAACAGAGGAGGAAACCCUAGAAGGGAACUCAAAGAAGAAAAAGAAGAAGAAGAAGAAGAAAAGGCAAGAAGAGGCUGAGAUUGAAGAAAAUAUGGAGGUGGAGGAGGAGGAGGAGGCAGUCAGCAAAAAGCCUCCCAAAAAGAAAAAGCACAAGAGACAAAGUCUACUGGAAGAAGAGGCAUAAAUUGUUUCCUUUUUUCAUCCUCUUUCCUAUCUCUACAUUUGCUUUGAAUUCCUAUGUUGUUGUUUUUUCUCUUCCCAUUCUUUCCAUAUUACUUGCUUGACUGUCAUAUAAUAAAAACAGUAUAUUA